AUGUCCUGGUGUGCUCGUGUGCUGGAUAACGGUCCCCGCGGCGCCGUUGGCGGUUGCAACACCCCCGGCAGUAGAGUGGAUCCCUGGUGGAAUCCUGGUUCCCUCUUCCCAACUGUCUCGACACCAGGACCACCUAAAAUUGACGAGGGACCUACGGGAAUAAUAAAUCAACAUCAACAGUACUGUGGUCAGCAGCAGCAGCUGCAGCAACAACAACAACAACAACAACAACAACAACAACAACAACAACACCAACACCAACAUCAACACCAACACCAACAACACCAGCAACAACAACAACAACAACAACAAAAUAAUAAUCGUAAUACGUCUAGCCCUAUUUUAACGUAUUCAUUUUUAUCAUCAACUAUUCAACAACAACACUCUUAUGAUCAGUUGAACAACAAUAACGAUAAUCAAGAAAUAAAUAAAAAUUUGUGCUCAUCAUUGAAUAUUGUUUCUGGAACAACGAGUCCACCGAUAUUAUCUUCGUCACCGUCAUCGUCGUCGUCGACAUCGUCAAUAUUAUCCUCGGUAUCAUCAUUAACGUCAAGCUUCUGCCAAAUAGAUUCAUUGACAAAUCACUCAAACAGGUGUACCUCAGAUGUUUUAAGACUACCUACUACCCAAAGUACCUGUAAUAAUUUAUACGGCACUAACGCUACGAAUUUAUCUUUAAAACAAACAGAUAACGUUCUAUCCAACCUGCUUGCCCCGAAAUCAUCAGAUUCCUCGCAUAUUACGCGAGGAAUCAAUCACCACCAUAACCAUAGUCAUAGUCAUAAUCAUAAUCAUAAUCAUAAUCAUAAUCAUAAUCAUAAUCAAUCUGGUAGUGUUGCUGCUACUGCUGGAAGUAAUCGAACAGUAUUAUCAUCUUUAUUAACAGCAGCAGCAGCCGCCGCCGCAGCAGCAGUAGCCGCUGAAGUGGUAACAACAACUACUUCAUUAACAACAACCACAACAACAGCAGCAACAACUAUAACACCAGGUUCACCAAUUGCUAUUUCAACUUCAACUUCACCAAUAACAACAACAACAACGAAUAGUUUAGACUAUGCGACCGAUUCGACUGCCUCAACAUCUAUUGCUAGUAUUAUAAGAAAUUCAAGUGAAAAUACAUUAGAUACAACGACAAUAACAACAACAACAACAACAACAACAACGACAACAAAAACAACAUUGUCUUCACCAACCUCAUCAACUUCGUCACGAGAUUCAUUAACGGGUAUUCUUUCGUCACUUAAUGUAAGAAUUAAAUCAGAACCAACAGCUCAAGGAAAUAAUAGCAAUCAUAAUAUUAAUAAUGAAACGAUAGAUGAUUUGAAUAAUUCGACACAAUCAGGAUAUUGUACAUCACUAUUGAGUUCUUUACUCUCAACAUCAAGAAUAUCAUCAAAUACAUCCGAUGCAAUAAAUAACAAUAUACACAAUAACAGCAAUAAUCAAGAUAGUAAUAAUAUUAAAGUUGAAUAUUCGUUAAAUGUACCAUCACCUCAGGGUAAUGUUUUACAAGUUACUGAAGAAAAUUUAACAGCUACAUCACCUUACGAUAUAAUAAGCACCAGUGGUCAAUCGCUUCAUAAUAAUAAUAAUAAUAAUAAUAAUAAUAAUCACCAUCACCACCACCACCAUCAUCAUCAUCAUCAUCAUCUUAAUCACCAAAAAAACGGUGAUAAAAACCACACUAAUAUUGGGAUUGUAACUCCAUCAGUGAUAUCAGCAACAGAUAUAGGCGCUCUCGAUAUGAAGUAUGAGACUCAAUCAGUUCCAGGCUCUGGUGGACCACAUUUAACGGGAUCAACAGGUAUUGAACCACCUCACAGUAGCAGUCAAUCGAGUGGACUUGUUGUUGUAGGGGGAGGUUCACCAUCUGAAGUAGUUGGUGUUGACAGCCUUUUAUUGCCAUGGACCACCAGUGGUCCCGAUUUUCUUGAACCGUCGGAUGUUAAACAAACAACAACUGGUUCUAUUCAAGAUACUUGGGAUACACUUUUACUGGGAUCAUCAGUGGGUGUCACUUCUGCCCAUUCAUUGGCUGAAUUGAAACCAUUACCACCAUUUACUGGUUAUACUGGACAUUUGAGUAUUAAUGGAAUACCUGGACAUCAUUACCACACGAUAGCGUCAUCGGCACAAAGACCAACUAUACAAUCAUCAUCUUCCCCUACACCAUCUUCUAAUCACGAAUACUAUGAAUCCUCAGUUGUAUCAUCCAGUACGCCUUGUCCACAGUCAACUCAAAAAUCAAAUCAACAAUCGCAUCAGUUACCCCAAUCAACAACUCAACAAGUUGAUUAUGAUAUUGAGGACAUUGCUGAAAUAAUAGGCUCUGCUAUUGCCGAUACAACCGUACCCGGUGGUGGUAGUGGUGGUGGUGGUAGUGGUGGUGGUGGUGGAAAUGGUGAUAAUAAUAAUAGUGGUAAUGUUGGUGGUAGUGGUGGUGGUGGUGGUGGUGGUGGUGGUGGUAAUAGUGGAGGUAAUGGACCUGGCUCGGAAAAUGAUCCUGAUAAUUCGAGAGAUUGGAUUGAUAUUGCCGAAUGGAUUGAUACUGCUUGCUCACCAAAAACCCACGAAACCUCAUCACCAAUUCCCUACCCACAAAUAUACGCCUCACAAACAAAUCAUCAGCCUAAUCAUAAUCAUAAUCAUAAUCAUAACCAUAACCAUAAUCAUAAUCAUAAUCAUAAUCACAGUCAUAAUCAGCAUGGAUCAACCUUACAAAGUUUAUUAACAACAACGAGUUAUGCACCUUUACUUCAAGCAAGACUUCAAGCUGGUAAUAAUACGGGUCUACAAAAUCCAUCAUGUGGUGAAACACCCUCCUCGACAAGUCCAUAUCCUCCUGUUAGUCCACCUGGUAGAGUAUCAACCUCCUGUAGUCCAGAUCAUUUGCUACAUUCUUCGUUUGCUGCACCAUCUCACACGCGAAAACGAUCUCGUCCAUCACCAGCUGGUAAUCAAAAUCCUUCGAAAAAAAAUCCAGCUACUGCAGCAUUACCGUACGGUACCGAAUCAAGUCUGAUUGGUGGUAAAGAAAAACCCGUUCACCGAUGUUCUAUUUGUAAUCGAGGAUUUCUUAAUAAAAGCAAUAUAAAGGUUCAUUUGAGAACCCAUACAGGUGAAAAACCAUUUAGGUGUGAAGUUUGUGGAAAAGCUUUUCGACAAAAAGCUCACCUUAUUAAACAUCAACAAAUUCAUAAAAGAAUCGGUAGGGAUUAGAAAUUAUUAUUUAUUAUUUUCUUUUUUUUUUUUGUCAACAUCUAUUAAGAGUUGACAAUUAUCCAGAUCACACAUAUAUCAAAAUAAUAAUAACAACAGACAAAUAAUCAUUAU